ACUCUCAUGUCCGUGUUCCAGCGGGGAGUUUCUCCAACCUGUUUACCGUGUUGCGACAUUACCGCCCGAUUUCUCGACUUCCGCCAGAAUUGAGGUCAUAUGAUGGCCGUGCCGCAAUCGAGGGAUCCUGUCUCAAAGCCGCCCGAGACACCCGACACACCGAAGCAGGACGCACAUCCUCGGUAAUAUCGGGCGAUAUCAGUAUGUGAGGCGAUGUUGAUGCGCUGUUGCAUCGGGUUCGCUCACGUGGUAGGAUAGGCAAACCCCAUUCGCAGCUCGGGCCACCGGCAGCCAAACCUACCCCAAACGCAUACGCAAGAUACCGAUUGCGCCUGCCAGUGUGUCGGGUCUUUGCGCCUUUGCCAGUGAUAAAACCGGGGCCAUCGAAACAGAUGUGUUCCAGUGCAUUAGUACAUUAGUGGACAGUGCGUAGCUAGACAAUCUCUUAGCGUAAGACCUGAUAGGCGUAGUUCAAUAAACGUAGCUAGCCUGAAUCUCCCACGACUAAACUUUGCCGGAGGAGAAGGAGCAAGUUUACUGUGCUCCAUUUCGACCGGGCUCCGAUACCAGUACCAGUUAGUGCGUUAUCUAUUUUACUGUACUUUGUUAUUAUAAAUUGAGAAAGCACAAAUCAAAAAUCCGCCCUAGGAUGCAAAACAUCUCCAUCCCUUGACUGUGUUUUUUUUACACCCAUAUACACCGGCGCGCACCUAUCGUUCAUCAAUCAGUGGAGAAAGUACCAGCAAAUACAGCAAUCCAGCAUCCUUGCAGCACGGAAUGAUACGCUGUCCGUACAUUCAUGAAAUGCAUGAACGCCUGCUAGGACCAACGCCGAGACGACCACUACCAAUAUCAUAUCCGCCGCUCGCCAAACCGGAAGUAAUGGAUCGCGAAAGUGACUGUCUGCUGGACAGCCGCCCAGAGAGCCGCCAGAUCGUGGGCACCGUGGUGAAGCUCAAUCCGGACGGGUUCGGAGCGCACACCACCUCCACACAUCACCACCAUCAUCAUCAUGGGCAGCAGCAGCAGCAGCAACAGCAACUGCACCACCGUACGCCAUUAGUGCCUUGCAAUGGAACGGAAGAUGACGAGGUGCGCACCGGAAGGCAUCACACGCUGCGGGAGGGAGAUGGUACGAUCACGAGCACCAUCAGCGACUCGGAUGACGAUGGCAUCCAUCUGCGCACGCAUCUGCGCAAGAUCAUAGAGGGCCGCAAGCCGAAAAAUGCCAAAACGUCCCUCUUCAUCGUAACCAGUCUCGUCUACGCCAUGCUGCUAAUCGUCGUGUGCGUCGCGUACGUUAUCAGCGAUGUCACUACGCACCGUCUGCCAGUGAUCUACUACGAGGGCUUCUUUACCUAUCUGUACGGUGCGAGCAUACUGUUCCUGCUGUACGUGUUCUGCUUUCUGCUGCAAGAAAGUUCCUGCUGCAACGGCAAACCGAAACCACCGAAGGAGAAGAAACCGAAGAAGGAAAAGAAAUCGAAAAAGAACGCCGACGUGGAAGCGGGCAAGGAGGGCAAGGACGGGAAGGAAGCGGGCGCCGGUAAGGACGGUGCGGGAAAAUCGACCAAGGAGGAGCCGAAAGGCAAAGGCUCGUCCACCAAAGCUAGUUCCUAUCAGUACUCGAAAAAACAGGAAGUUUACCCGAAAAAAAAGCGUGACCAGCUGCGCGCGUCUCGUCGCGAGCAUCGUCGCGAGUCUGGCGAGGUGGCAGUUCCAGAACCGGCAACGGAACGAAUCGCUACAUCGCCCGCAAUGCCCACCACCACACCACCGGCCACCCAGUUGCAGGAAGCCGCACAACCCAACCCGGAAGCUGCCAUGUCUCCACGAUUUAAGCGCAAAACUACUCAAGAUCCAGCUCAUGGCAGUUUCUUCCUGCGCGUGGGAGCAAUCGCAUUUGGGCUUGGUACCAUGAUUUACACUGGGCUGGAGUUUGGAUCGUUCUUCGAGAUACCGUUCACCUCUCCGUGCCAUCAGAUACUGCGCGGCGUCAAUCCACUGCUGCAGAUGAUCUUCACCUUCAUGCAGAUGUACUUUAUCUUCAUGAACGCACGGCUCAACAUACAUCGCUUCAAGGUGCUGGCCCGAUUCGGGCUGAUGCAUAUCGUGGCCACCAACAUCUGCGUCUGGAUUCGCACGCUGGUGCUGGAAUCGCUCAAGGAGAUCACGGCCUACCAUCAGCGCCGCGGCCCAGAGCCGGAAGACUCGGUCAUACUGGAGAACAUCCGGCAGCACACGCUGCGCAACGCGGGCAUGGUGAUGGGGAUGGAGCUUGCCCCGGGCGGUACCGAUACCGAGUGGGAACCGAUCAGCGUCAACCUGAACGCGCAGGAGGACCUGCUCUCGCAGGACGCCUCGAGCGUCCUGUCCAAGAUUGUGCAGGGCACGGCACACACGAUUACCGAGGCGGCCACUACGCUGGUCAGUGCCGCCACGCUCACGUCCACCGCUGCCCCGACCACCACGUCCUCCUCGACGAGCACCUCGACCUCGACCACAACGACCACUACGACAACGACCGCGAGCCCGACGACGACACCGUCCUGGAUAGAGCCGAGCAGCACUGGUGCGAGCAGCACGACCACUGCCCGCGGACUGCUGGACCGAAUCCGCGACAUUGUCGCAACCGAGACGACUACCACGUACGAAACGCCCGCGAACCAUUUCGGCAGCGCGCAGCACACCCUCUCGACCAGUGCCAGCGGGGUAAACGCGACGGCUGCCACCCCCUCGACCGGAUCCUCGUUCCUGGACUCGUUCAUGGACCACGUCAACUAUCUGCAGCGCAACAGCAGCCUCGACCAGACGUACGAAAGCCUGGACGCGCUGUUCCCGUCCGCCUUCAUCGCGACCUCCACCGCUGUGUCGACCAACGCGACCGCAAUUAGCUGCGGCCGGGUGAACAUCAUGGGCACGAUCGUCCAGGACUCGGCCCCGUACCUCUACCCGUUCAUCAUCGAGUACUCGCUGAUCGGUGCCGCCGUCAUCUACGUCAUGUGGAAACAUAUUGGACGCUACCCGAAGUUCACCAAUGAGGAAGAUCUGGAGCACCGUCUGGAGGUGAUGCUGUCACGCCGCGCCGUCGUCAUGGCCCAGCAGGCACGCACUGGCCGCGUCGACUGCGUGGGCGCCUCCAAGGGACUCUUCUUCGGGCUGCUACUGCUCGUCGGCUCGCUCAUCUGUCUGAUCCUGUUCUUCGUGCUGGUGAGACAUCCGCAGCUAUCGCUACUCGCGAUCUACCUGGCGGACGUGUCGCACUGCGCACUCAUGGCACUGGCCAUCUUCGCUAUCAUAAUAGGCUUCAUUCGCGUACAAAACCUCAAGUUCCGCUGCGAGGAGCAGAGCAACCUGAACGACAUACUGCUCCGCAUCUCCGCGUUCGGACUGUUCGUGUACUCCACCUUCAGCGUGAUUGCCGGCUCGCUGAACGCGUUCGAGAGCGAGCCGAACCUGCUGGUCAUGGUAACCGGGAUCGUCGCGGUCGUGCAGGUCGUCAUACAGCUGCUGUUCAUUGCGGACGUGUCGCGCCGCCGCGUGCACCUGCCCGAGCACGACCGCAUCAAGCCCGGCCGCCAGAUUGUAACGUUCCUGCUGAUCUGCAACAUCUCCAUGUUCGCCAUCUACACGUUCGAGGCGCAGAAGGUGUUCGCCAACCCGGUGCAAUUGGACUUUUACGGCUUCAUUGCUUGGUCGCUGAUCCAGCGCGUUACCCUGCCGCUGUGCAUCUUCCACCGCUUCCACAGUGCCGUCACGCUAGCGGAGGUCUGGAAGACUACCUACAAGGCACGCCUGGAGUAAGCGCGGUUGACACAUUUGCAACCUGCUCAGCAAAUGCACAGUUUGCUGAGAUUUUUGAGAUGUUGAGAAAUGCGAAGCUAAGUGGUUCCAUGAAAUAUUUAAACAACGCAGAGAGAGAGAGAGAGGCAGAGAGUAAGGAAGAGAGAUAUAGAGAGAGAGAUGAGAAAUAUCAGCUCAGUAUAUUAAUUCAUGGUUGAAUGUUCUUUAUCAAGUACAAGCAGCAAAUCACAAGCAAGCGAUUUCUCAUCCUUCAAAAGUAAUGCAUACCCCACAAACUCCAGAUGACCACGAUUAAGCGAUAAAAUGGCGAUUAUUUGAAUAUUUGGCGAAGAAUUGUGACAGCUCUACUGACACUGCGGAAAACCUUAUACACAUGGAAGUUCUGAGGCCCGUGGAUGCAGGUGGCAACACUAAAAACAAGAAACAACAUCACGGUGAUUUGUUUGAGAAGUGUAUUUACUUCCCUCCUCAUUCCCAAGAUUUUUUACAAGAAUUUUACUUCCCUUUUUCGAAAACUACGUAAAGUAAAAAGUAAGAGUCCUCUGCGAGACAGUGGAAGCAAAUCAAUCGAACUAACUGGAGGCAGAGCGCGUUUUUAAGAAAAAGAGACGGAGCGCGCGCGUAGAGCGUACACAAAUUUAAACUGAAACUUUAUACACGAAACGAACAUGAAUUAUACACAUUUUACCGUUUUCCGCAUAACUAUGUCCCUAAAAUCCAGCGCAACCCCUCAAUCCCCAAUAACACGAUACCACGUGCUGGACUGGUUUGCUGUGUUUUUAGAUUAUUGCCCCCGCCCAACGGUGCUGCCUGCUCCGUUUGCUCCGCUAGUGCACACUGCCGUCUGCCCGGAGCGGUGAGUCACGAAGGCCCAGACCCCACGCGGCAAAGAUUUACUUACAGGCUAAGAGAAAACGCGAAGCAAAAUGCUGCUCGAAGACGACCGUUUUUCCUUCCCAGCCCGUGCCGAGUUGGCGUUUACACGGUAUGAAAGGGGGCAGUGACAGUUUUUGGACUUUUUGUUUUACUUAACUUAAGAAUUUGUGCAUGAAUAGUUCGUAUACACGAUAGCGUACCGCCAGACUACUUACACAGAUAUACAAUACGACUUUACGCGGGAUGAAGGUGGACACAAAGUAGGAGCGAAACCAAAGCAGGAGUGUAUUGCAAGCUCAAUCCAAAAUUCGGAAUCGAUCUAGUUAUGAUUAAUCGAGAUGAGAUAUUUUAUUUAUGUUGAUUUUGUUUUCUAUUUUUAACAGUAAGUUUAACGCAAAGUGUGCAAAGCGGGAGUCGAACGGUGCGAGUUAGAAAUUAUUUCUCAAUUUUCGAAACAAAAAAAAAACCGAACAAAGUGAGUGAAAAAACGCUAGCCCGUUUUGGGGACGGCUGCAUUUGGAGCGUUUUGCCAACGUUGGGAAGCUGCCAGAACAAAAAAAAACCUUCCAAAAGGAGUUCCCAAUACGACCAAAACUUCAAACGCUCCUAAAUCUGUAGGGAAUGGGUUUUUUUUUUAAUUUAUUUUUGAUACAUAUUUGUUUUAUUGCUUUCGUUGUGUUCUCUCCACAAAUGAUCCGUAUACUUUUACGAGGCAAUUUUCAAUGAAGUCGACGAACGCGAAGCCGUAAUGAAAAUUAUAAAACACAUACACAUGACACAAGACAUAUAUAUUAUAUACAUAUUAUAUAAAUAUAUAUACAGUUAUGAAACUUGAAAAUUUUAUUUACACCAAACGUGUUUGAAACAAACGCAAGGCUGGCAAGGGUCGCCUGGUGAAAAAGGGUGUUUUCUGUUCAGAGAAAUCAAACAAAUCCGAGAGCAAAUUAGCCGACUAACAGCAGCCCACUAACUUCAAUGCCAUACUAUUCCCGUCACAUGCAUGCGGUUUGAUGCGGUUUCCCCAAUCUUGCUUGAACAUCAAAACUCCGCGAGCAUCCAAACUUUCCUGAGUCACUCAUCGUUGGAUGAGAAGUUGAGCGAAAGCAAUAACCAUGUUUGAAGUUUUGGGGAGUCAAUUUUGGUUUUCGAAUGAUUUGCUCAAACAAGAGACGAGUAGCAAACGAUGCAUGUGCGAUCAUGUGUUGAGUGUUGAGCUGAAAUUUACAUUGAGGAGCGUGACUAGUUUUGUUUUUGGCAAUACCUACGUACAAGAAUUGAAACCUUGAACUGUCCAAUGUUCAAUGCAGGAAAAGAGCUAGAGCUAAGGAGGCGAUAAAUGCAAGAAUAAUGUUUAAUGUUGCUAUGUCACAGGGUGUCUGAAUGUCUACAAACAAUAAACUGAGCAUUGGGAGUCGGCCGAUUGGAUUCCUCAAGGUAGAUACGCCGUGUCCUACAAAGACCGGACGCGAUUCGAUUCCCAGUAAGAUUCCUAGCAAGAACUGGCUAUACCCUAGCCCAAGCCUGUGUUGUGUCGCUCGUGCUACGCCAAGCAGAGAUCAGCACAACUUUGAUCAUUACAGUUCAAAGUUGUAGCGCGUUUGCGAAACGUCAAUGCAAUCUUGCUCGGGUGGAACAGCUGCUCCGCGAGUGCAAACGCAUGCUUGAAUGUAAUUUUGUGUUUUGUUCUCCGAACUUGACGGCGCCAGAUGGGCCGCCAGCGCAUAAGCUAACAAUACAUGAAUGCCCACCAUGUUUUUACAAACGUAUUUGAAAUGUAUUUGAACUAUUUAAAACAAUAUUGAAGCCGCUGGAGGCUGCAGAUUGCUAGUUAGUAUCGUGUUAUGUAUCAGUAAAAGAGAAGGAAACAAAAACAGACAACAAGAUAAUUAAAGUAAAAGCAAAGUGAGUCUCGUUUUGCUCCUUUUUUUUGCUCGAAGUGAGUUUAUACAAAACGAGACAACUUAAAUAAACCAUGAAUAAAUAAGAGCACACUAAGACGAAAGGGAACUCCUCCAGUACUUUGUCCGUAGCAUCCCAACUACUUGCGAUUUUGGAGAGUGCAACGUUAGAGCCCUACAGAAAAAAAAGAAAAAAAGAAGCAAAAAUGAUGAGAUGGAAAUCGAUGUUCAAACCACAGCAUUUGGGAAAGAAGAAACCCAACAUAUACAGCAACAGCAACAAAAACAAACAAUUCAAGUAAACUGUUUUCGGAGGGACAAUGUAUGCAAUGAAAACGAAGUAGCCAGAUACACACACACAACAUAAAACAUCGAAGAAUUUAGAGAUGAGAGAGCAUAUAGAGCCGAGAUUACAGAAAAAUAAAAGGUAAAGAAAAACUACACACACACUCUCUGAUACAAACCAAAAUUUUGGACCAUUUGGAGCAAACAGUUACGAUUGUCGCUGGUAGUAGUAGUAGUUGUUUAAACAGUAGUGUCCGGGUAACUACUAGGAAUAUUUCCCAUUUUUUUCGAUCCUUUCUGACGACUAAUCUUUUGAUUUCGGUGAGUAGUUUGUUUAACGAUUUACAACAGUUGUAACCGAUUUGUAACUGUCAAGGUGCGUCUGUGCGUCGUGGUGUAGCGACGGUUAAUCAAUCAAGCAAACUCACGCACACAAGGCGAGCAUGAAGAGAAUUAUUACAUUAGGUUGUGCAUAGAUAGCUCUCGCUGAGAUUAAUGUAGCUCUUAGUAUUCAUUGUACUUUUUGUAUGACAUCAUACUAAAAUGCAGUUUUUGGAAAAUAUGCAUUUGAAGUUUUCACUAGUUUCCUGUCUCGGGGUUGUUUGUAUCUUCGAAUACUUUUGAUACUAAUAAUAUGAAGGCACAAUAUUGUUUCUUAUUAUUGUACAAGAUAGCAAUACAAUCCAUAUAAUAGUCGAUUUGUAAUGUAAAAGAAUGCGUGUAGCAUAAAACCCGUGUGUCGAUGGAGUGAAAUAGGACACUAGAUUUAGUUCUGUUUGUUUGGGGGGUAAAUUAUUAUUUUGUUUUGCAAACUCGUCCGUCGCUGCAAUAUUCUUUUUAGGGGUUUUGCAAAACUGCUGGAGCUGGAGCACAGAGAAAAUGUCUUCGAAGAUAUUACUUUCUUUUGAAACGUAAAUUAAAACAUAAAAUAAAAUUGAAAAAAGACCUUACAACCCACCCCCCUUAAGAAUAGUAAGCAAAACAAAAAUAAGAUCAAGAUGUUCAAACAACAAUCUACAGUCGAUACAGAAUAGAGCUCUGAAAGAAUUCAAACGAGACACAUCAUACGUAUUGACUACAGGCCCCACAGUAGAAUGUCUCAAGCCAGUCGUACAGUAUAUACACACACACAAACACACUAGAGAACUGCACUAUUGGAGUGAUGCACCACAUGCACACAGAGCUGUGCCGAAAUGGGGGAACACACAAGAAAACAUAACACUGCCUGCAGAGAGCGCCCGUUUCCUUCGCGCCCACAAACACACAAAUAAAACAAAACAUAAACGUAAAACAAUGUCUCCCGCCCCCCUCUCUUUUUUAUUUGUACAACUAAUAGACAGACAAACACACGCAAAGAAAUGUAUAACCAAUGUUAAAUGACGAAGGCGAUCGGUAUGAGAGAGAGAGCGUGCAAACCAUAAGAAUAAACGUUGAAACAUUGAAGCCAAACCUUCAUUCUUACUUGAUAAAUAAAUCAUAAAGCCAUUAACCGAUACUCAUACAGUAAUGUAAACGCACAAA